AAAAUUGGUUUAAAAAAAAAAGCCAGAUUUUUAUCUGGGAAAGAAGCAACAUGGCGACAGGUGGCAGAGCAGUGGAAGAUGUACAGCAGAGCCAGCUGCAGCUCCUGCUUCCCCCGCAGCCCAUGGACCAGGCUAAGGAAGCCCAGGGUGCAGGCGAGAAGAUGGGCUGGGCACAGGUGGUGAAGAACCUGGCUGAAAAGAAGCACGACUUCCGUGAGCAGUGGCGGAGAGAAGAAAGGGGAAGAGGUGCCGGUGGCAGGCUGGGCAGCCCGGCAGGCCUGGCCACACCAAACCGCGGCUUCUUCCCACCGGCAGGCCGCGGUCACCUCCCACCUGCCGGCCGUGGACAAUUCCCAGCUGCCGGUCGCGGUCAACUCCCACCUGCCGGCCGAGGUCACUUCCCGCCUGCUGGCCGCGGGGACCCAAGGGUCUUCAGCAGAGACCCUGGUGGCUACGCGGCAGAUGCUUGCAGGAUGGAGGGAGCCGGAGCCAGAGAUGCCAGUCAAAGGAAGAUGGCCGAGGUGGCAGCGGCGGCGGCGGCAGCAGCUGCCAUGGCGUCCCCUCCCAGGCCUGUCACAAUCAAAGACGCAAUUACAGAGCGACCACUCCAGGAUGAGCCUCCAGCCUCCAGGCCGGGUAAGGGCCGCUUCCUUGUGCGCAUAGGUUUCCAGGGAGAAGAAAGUGCCUGUCCGACCCGCGAUUUCGUGGUGGGCGCGCUCAUCCUGCGCUCCCUUGGCAUGGACCCUGGGGACAUCUGUGCUGUCAUCCAGAUCCCUGGCAGCCGCCAGUUUGAUGUGAGCUUCAGAUCUGCAGACAAGCAAGCCCUGUUUCUCCGCGUCUAUGAGGAAAAGCGGGAGAAGGACGACUGCUGGGAGAACUUUGUGGUUUUGGGACAGAGCAGGUCCAGCUUGAAGACCCUCUUCAUCCUCUUCCGGAAUGAGACCGUGGAUGUGGAAGAUAUCGUGACCUGGCUCAAGCGCCACUGUGAUGUGCUGGCCUUGCCAAUGAAAGUGACUGACAGGUUUGGGAUCUGGACUGGGGAGUACAAGUGCGAGAUUGAGCUGCGCCAUGGGGAGGGAGGAGUGAGGCACCUGCCUGGCUCCUUCUUCUUGGGAACAGAGAGGGGCUACAGUUGGUACAAGGGGCAGCCCAAGACGUGCUUUAAAUGUGGUUCCCGGACCCACAUGAGCGGCACCUGCACGCAGGACAGGUGUUACAGGUGUGGGGAAGAGGGGCACAAGAGUCCUUACUGCAGGAAGAUCAUCCUGUGCAACCUCUGUGGCAAGGGAGGACACAUGUUUGCCCAGUGUCCCAAAGCAGCUCACAAUUCCAUGCGCUUCUGCCUGCCAGGGUGAACACAGCUUACACUUCUUAAGUGCCAAAACUUUUUUUCUUUUUUUUUUUCUUUUUUUUAGACCAUUUUUCUCUGUUUGGAAGGAGAUAUUUCUAAGACUUCACAGAGACAUUCUCUAUGCCUUUUUAAAACCAUGUUUGCUCCUUGUCAGGCUGUUUAAAAAGGACCAUUCAGAACUGUAGUUUGCAGAUAUGUUGUUUGUUCCUUCCCACAUUUUUUUUCUCCCAUUUGCAUUAGUUUUGGUACUUUGGUCAACACCCUGUCCCCUUCUGUACUUUUUCCUGCUUCCCUCCUCAUCCAUGUCUCCUUAGAAGAUUUUUGCCCCUUGGGCUGCCUUGCUCAUUUUUAUGCCUCAGCCCUGGGUACAGGGAGCAAUGCAGGUUAGGCUUUCAGCCCAGUGUUUAUUGAAAUGAAAAUGUCGUUGACUAGCUCUGUCUAUAGUGCCUACCUUGUGCAGUUCUCUGCUGGGCUCUUUUCAUUUGCUGCUUUUAUGUGAUAUGAAAAUUUGUGAAAACAGUGUUGCUGGAAGUGUUUAAUGUGAAUAAGCUCUGAAAUGUGGCCAAGGGCCUCUCAAAGCAUAAAAACCUAUCUACUUGGUGAUUGCUCCUUGUUGCUCAGAAACCUUAUAUCUGCAGGAGUGUGGAGCCUAGGCAGUUCUGCUGGGAAAGACCCAAGAGAUGUUUUUUGUUGGAUUUUCUUUAGGAGAGCGUGCUUUUGUUGUGUGUAUUGUUUUGAGACUGGGUCUCACUGUGUAGCCCUGA